AUGAUUUUAUUUGAAAAAAUUCACACAAUUGCGGAUAUGUUUCUGUCCAUUCUUUUGCCGUUAUCUUUACUUGUUUUUAUGACAAUAAUGAUAGUUUGGAGAUUGUGGAUUUGGCCUAAUCGUAGAUGGAGACAUCUAAAAACCAAUGAUAUAACUAAAAAACCUCCAAACCAAACAGGACCAACAACUAACCUUUUAACUAAUGCUGCAUAUAAUGAACGGAAAAGUAGAGAAAAUGGAAGUAGUAAUGGGAACAACAACAACAAUAACCAUUUUUCGGCAGAAAAGAGAGGAGUAACAAGAAUUACAUUAAUUACUUGCUUUAUUCAGUUGGUCACAGAAACACCAUCAAUGUCCGUUCUCAUCUACGUCUCAAUGUUCGGACCAAAUGUACACAAAAAGGAGCAUGUUUGUACUUUGCAGACUAUUUCCUAUUUCUUAUGUCUUUGCAAUGCUUCACUAUCAUUUUUUGUUUAUAUAACCUUCAGCAAUCGUUUUAGAAAGACAAUGAUUAAUCGUGUUCGUCUACUUUUACAUCGAGUAUGCCCAACUAUUUUUAGUGAAGUACCUCCUUCAACAGGAGGACUUAAAAACUAUGGCAGACAGAUGAGAAUGCCUAAUUCAAGUGCUACUCCCUCACAAAUGGUUGUUUUAACGAGCAGAGAUAAUUCACCAAGAAAUGGAAGUCAAUCGGAAGGGAAACACCAAAAACUUUUGGUUGUUGUAAGCGAACCAAAAAAUUCUGGCAAAAAAAGUCGAGCAGCUUCAAUAACAACAAAGGAUGUAGAAGAGGGUGGAGGUCGUUGUUCUCCUUCUUCAAAAUUAAGUAGCCGAAAUUCAUCAGAACACGAAAUUGACAAACAAAAAUUACAACAACAUUUCUCUAAUUUUCCUAUUUCCUUUACUAGACGUUUUCUUCGCGAUAAAUUAGUUAAACAAACAAAAGAGAAAGGACCGUUGAAAAAACUUGAAUGUAAGAAUUAA